AUGAGAAACCACACAGUGAUCACAGAGUUCAUCCUCCUGGGACUUUCUGAUGACCCCAAACUGCAGGUUGUGAUUUUUCUUUUUCUGUUUAUUACCUAUAUCUUAAGUAUUACUGGGAACCUCACCAUCAUCACCCUUACCCUGCUGGAUUCCCAUCUUCAGACACCCAUGUAUUUUUUCCUCAGGAAUUUUGCCUUCCUAGAAGUCUCUUUUACUACUGUUUGCAUUCCUCGAUUCCUGAGCACCAUUAUUACUGGAAACAAAACCAUUUCUUUUAACUGCUGUGCAGCUCAACUAUUCUUUUUCAUUUUUAUGGGGGUUACUGAAUUUUACUUACUUACAGCCAUGUCCUAUGAUCGUUAUGUUGCCAUUUGCAAGCCCCUGCAUUAUACAACCAUUAUGAGCAAUAAAGUCUGCAUCUUUCUUGUCCUCUGUGCUUGGCUAGGUGGAUUCCUGACUAUUUUCCCACCCCUCAUGCUUCUUCUGCAGCUUGAUUAUUGUGGGUCCAAUGUUAUUGAUCAUUUUUCCUGUGACUUUUUCCCCCUCUUACAACUGUCUUGUUCAGAUACACAGUUCUUAGAAAUAAUUGGUUUUUAUUUUGCUUUGGUGACUUUGCUGUUUACAUUGGGAUUAGUGAUUCUGUCCUAUAUGUAUAUCAUUAGGACAAUUUUGAGAAUCCCUUCUGCUAGCCAGAGAAAAAAAGCCUUUUCCACUUGUUCCUCUCACAUGAUUGUCAUUUCCAUCUCCUAUGGCAGCUGCAUUUUUAUGUAUGUGAAUCCCUCGGCUAAAGAAAGAGCAUCAUUGACCAAAGGAGUAGCUAUUCUUAAUACUUCAGUUGCUCCCAUGCUGAACCCUUUCAUUUAUACCCUAAGGAACCAACAAGUAAAACAAGCCUUUAAGGAUGUUGUUCAAAAGGUAAUGCCAUUCUCAAGAAAGUAA